UUUUUUUAUAAACAUUUAUCAUUCGGAGUAGUAUUUAUUUUUUUUUUACAACUUAUAAAAAUCAAACGAUGGUGAGAAAAUCAACGCUAGUUUAUGAUUUACUAAGAAAUGACCGCCGGAAUGGCGGGUUUUCCCCAAACGAAAUUGUCGAGCGCGUAAGUCAGGACCACAAUAUUCUCCCCGGCAAGGCUUUGAAGAAACAAAUUUCCGUGGCGCUUAGAAGGGGGAUCGAUUUUGGUAUUUUAAAGAGGGAAAACAACAGAUACAGAUUUGAUUUGGGAAUCUCCAGCAAAUCCCAAGGCGGUCAAACUUCAAUCGCAGCUUCCACAAGAAGAAGACCUCGCGUUGUCAAAAAACCGCGACCUGCAAGCGCGAAGCCUCGCCGAAAAAGGAACCCACCUGCGAAGAAACACCCCCAAGAAGACAGAGUGAUCCCCCGACCGAGAAUCCCUCACCCGCCGCCCACUUGGGCCCAAAAGAAGAGAAAUUUGCGCGAAGAACCGAUACCCAAGUACAUCAGACAUCCUUCGACCUCCUCUCGUCUAUAAUUCACCUUUUGUGUUCUUCUAGACUGAUCUGGAAGUCUAGAAAUGCUAUUAUUU